AUGGGCAAGUUCCACGCCCGGUUGUAUAAAACCGACCGUGCCAGGGACUUCGACCAUGAGCAGGAUCGAUAUGUCCGCAUGCGACAGAUCUACGAGACUAUCGACAGGCAAGGCUUUCAAUGGAUUGUCGUGCUGGUCGCCGGUCUUGGGUUCUUCCUCGAUGGUUACACACUAUUUGCCAGUAACAUGGCUUUACCGAUGAUAUCCUACGUAUACUGGAGAGACAACACUUCCUCGUUACGACUCACAUGCAUCAAUAUCGCAACACUUGGGGGAACCCUGCUAGGGCAAGUGGCAUUUGGAUUUCUUGCCGACAAGAACGGGCGCAAGAAGAUGUACGGUGUUGAAUUGGUACUCCUCAUUACAGCCACCCUAGGUGUGGUCAUGUCUUCGACAGGCGUGGACGGAAGCAUGAACGUCUUUGCAUGGCUUAUUUGGUGGAGAAUCUGUGUCGGUAUUGGAGUAGGCGCGGAUUAUCCACUCAGUGCAGUGAUUACGUCUGAAUUUGCCCCCACCAAGCAUCGCGCCCGCAUGAUGGCUACCGUCUUCUUCAUGCAGCCACUCGGUCAGAUUGCAGGCAACAUCGUCUCACUGGUUGUUAUCGCAGUGGCUCGUGCUAAUAGCACUCCGGGUGAAGACAUCACCCGCACUGUCGAUAUAAUGUGGCGCUGGGUUAUCGCCAUCGGAGUCGUGCCCGGCGCAGUCGCUACUCUUUUCCGGUUCGCCAUCCCAGAGAGCCCUCGCUACCUAGUCGAUAUCGUGGACGAUCCCGUCACGGCGGAGUUUGAUGCAACCACCCUUUUCAGUGACACGCCCGGUAUGAUUGAUUCUGUGGGCUGGGGAAACACUGCGACAUGCAGUGCCGGUAGCGCAAUUCAACUACCUCCGAUUUCGUCCAUUGCUAGCCGUUCGACUUUCGAUAACGAUGAAGAUGAUGACGAGUUCACCCGCUUACCCCCCGCUACCCUCAACUCUCACUGGCGGUUGGCACGGAGCGACAUCAUGCGGUACUUCUGGACAGAAGGGAACUGGCGCAGCUUGGCUGGUUGCUCUCUCGCGUGGCUCCUCCUUGAUUUCGGCUUCUACGGUAUCGGAUUGUCGAGCCCUCAAUUCUUAGCAAAGACGUGGGGCCAGCUUCAUAUCUCCGCGGCGGCACCGAGCUGGAUGACAGACGAUUCACCAGACGCCGAUAUCUACACGAUGUUCAUGGAAACCUCUGUGCGCGGGCUGAUUGUGCUCAACAUCGGAAGUUUUGUCGGUGGCCUACUGCUCAUUGUCUUUGCCCAUAAACUGGAUCGCGUGGCACUGCAAAAGUACAUGUUCCUCGCACUAGCGGCUCUGUUUAUCGCCCUGGGAACCAUGUUCGUCUGUCUUUACUCCCACCCUCCUGCUGUGGUGGCAUUGUACAUCGUUGGCCAAAUCAUGUUCAACUUUGGCCCCAAUGCAACAACCUAUAUGAUCCCCGCCGAGAUCUUCCCAACCCGAUACCGCGCAACCUGUCACGGUAUCAGCGCUGGGGCUGGAAAGCUGGGUUCUAUUCUCGUACAAAUCUUCUCAGCAUAUUAUCACUUCGGCGCAGGGCCGGGUAACGCAUCGACCCGCAAGCACGGCAUUGUUCUCCUUGUUUUCAGCGCCUGCAUGAUCAUCGGCGCAGCAGUCACGCACUUCUGGAUUCCACCUAUACAACAAAAACGGAAUGGCAGAACUAAGCUUUGGGGUGGUAAGCCCGAGACUCUUGAGAGCAUGUCUCUUGGCCGAAUGGGGCGCAAGAGUCGAGAUGCUGAUUGUCGGAAACGGACAUCACGGCAUCGGGCGCUUUCAAUGAGUGCUUAG